GCUGUAGCCUUUUAUACCUACCUUUGAUGAGGCUGGGAAGUGGGAAAGCCUGGCAUCACUACGUAGAAACAUGUGUUGUCCUCGAAGCUGACUCGUUCCCUGCUCCCCACUCUGGGUAGGAAACAUGCGGAGAGCCCAGCCUUGCCCUGCGGGAAUGUCUUCUACCUUACUCUAUGUAAGUUAUGAUUCUGCUUGUCUCUUUAUUGGUGAUGUUAUUUUGUUCGGUUUAGUUCGUAUCAUGUACGCCCCAGACUUCCCCACUUUGUUGCUUCUCCCCGGCCAUUCCAUCCCCACCGGCUAUUUCCCACCUCAUGGGGAUCGAAGCCGAUUUCCGACCGCCGACUCCCAUUUUUCCGACGCGACAGCCACCUCUGCUCGCCUGAGAAUGUAAAGGAUCUAGCAGGUGGGUGUACAAGCUGGUUCUUAAUUU